AUUGUUGUAGAAGUCUCGAUGAUGACGAAGCAGACAGGAAUGGAUUCAAUCAUAAAUGGUCACCGACACCCCUAGCAAUAGAAGCGAAAAAUAAUGUGACAUUUUUAAGUUUUACAAACAUUUGCUCGUUUGAUGACUCCUUCGGUGUCCUUUUCAAGGAAUGUAAAAGACUGCGCACUCUCGAUGUAAAUUUUAAAUGCUAUUACAAUAUGAAAGACCACAACUGUAGUGCAUUGCGUGUGCUUGACUCUUUACAUCUGACAAAAAGUCUGCGAAAUUUGAGGAUAUUGACCGAAAGCGUGAAAUAUUUCCACAGAGUUUUUGAUGCUUUACCCUCAUGUCAAACAUUGGAGAAUGUUCACAUCAGCGAAGCAAGCUCGUUUUUUGAAUACAAUAGUGAUGAAUAUGAUGUGCUUGAGCGUGCAGACAUCGGGCAAAAUGUAUCAUCUCUUAUAGAGAAGUGCUGCAACCUUUAUAGUUUCUUUAUCCAAGCAAACAUGGAAAAAAACGCAUUGAUUACUUUGGAGGACUCAAUGAAAUUUGCCGCAAGGAAGUUCGGAAGAGAUUACUUGCAUAUUAAGAUUUGUUGUAGCAAUGGAGGCUGGAACCCAUUCGCGGAUGUCUUCAGCCCCAGUCAUCUGCACAUAAAAAAUUAACAAUACUUAUUAUACUUAAGCUAGCAGGCACUCAUGCGUGAGGGGCUGACUAACCGUGGCGUGGCAGGCGAGGGCGCGGCCCGGACGCCGGUCAAGACGUUCCAGGCGUACCUCCCGCCGGCGCACCGGACCUACAGCUGCAUACACUGCCGCGCGCACCUGGCGAGCCAUGACGAGCUUAUAUCUAAGUCGUUCCAAGGCAGCCAGGGGCGCGCGUACCUGUUUAAUUCAGUUGUGAACGUGGGCUGCGGGCCGGCGGAGGAGCGCGUCCUGCUCACGGGCCUGCACGCCGUCGCCGACAUCUACUGCGAGUGCUGCAAGACCAUGCUCGGCUGGAAAUACGAGCACGCCUUCGAAUCCAGCCAGAAGUAUAAAGAGGGCAAGUUCAUAAUAGAACUGGCUCACAUGGUGAAAGAGAACGGGUGGGAUUAGGCGCGCGGUCCUCGCCCCCCCUGGGCCGCGCGCCGACGUGUCAUAUCGGAGACUGUGCGAGGACUCAGUGAUGAGACAGUGAGCGGCGAGCCGUAGGGGCCGGCGAACUAACAGGCGCAUACCUACAGUUGCUCGGCUCGAGCCGCCCGGCGCAACACGCUCGGACGCCUGCAGGGCAUACCUACAGUUGCUCGGCUCGAGCCGCCCGGCGCAACACGCUCGGACGCCUGCAGGGCAUACCUACAGUUGCUCGGCUCGAGCCGCCCGGCGCAGCACGCUCGGACGCCGCGGCGAACCGAAGUAUUUUUGACACACUAAUUAUUAUUGAGCGGCGGCGUCCUACCGGGCUGCGUGUGGGGAUAUCGCCUUCUGUGCUCCUUUCGUACUUUAGUCGGCUUCACGCUUACCCGCCAGUCAACGUAAUACAUAAGUUAUCGAUCUCAGCCUCUCAAGGCUCCGCAUGGGCUUAGGAUUAACUAUAAUUUGAAACGAUUUCGGCCGAACGGCUUUCGUACAUCGUAAGUUGUCUUAGUUUUUAUAUCGUACCGUAUUAAGAGAACACUUAUUCUUUCUCUUGUCCCCUUAACCUGUGAUAAGUAUGUUAGUAUAGAAUUUUUGGAUUACUUGGAAGGAUUUCAAGAUGCUCAGAUGUCAGUUGUAUGUUCCUAAUUUCAGCUGUACAAUUGCUUUUCAUUCACAAGGUAACUAGUCGAAACAUGGAAGUUUCCUUUAAGUUUUUUGCGCUUGAUCAAGUGAUUUACUUUUUAGUUUUAAACAAUAUGGAGCUUGAUUGCUCCUCUUAGUUUUUUCUAUUAUUGGAACAUCUUUAUUAGCUUAAUUAAUAGCUAUUUUAUUUUGACAUUGAGAGAGGUAAUCUUUCUUUUGAGAAUAAUAAUAUAAUAUUAGUAAAUAGAAGAGACACUUUACACUUUGUUUCAGUCGCUUCUGUACUUUCAAUAUUAUUUUGUCUUGUCGAUUUAUGAUUAAUUUUAGUUGACAGAGAGCUGAAUAAGGAGAGGCGAUUAGAAGGUUUUAUUAUUCAUUUAUUGUUUCCAUGGGGUUUUAAUAAUUAUUAGUACGUAUAUCCAAUAUUUUAUCUUAACUGCAUGGUACUUCAUUUACGUAAUUGUAAACUUACUUUGUAAGGACUUGCAUGAGCUUCAAAUGGGUUUCGUAAUCAGAAAGAGCGAAACGACGCGACAGACUUAUCUUGUAGUAUAAUAUGUUGAGUUCCUUUAAUACACAUGACAACUAUACAAAAUUACAAAGUCACUUAUCUAAAGUAUCCUUUAUAACUUUGUGGAAUUCAGGACUCGUUUCUAGUGAUACGGGUGCCCAAUGAAUAUAAAAGUACCUGCUGAACGACACAAAGUAUAACGGACACUUUAAAAAAACAUCCCCUAGGCAUUAUAUUUCGAAACCUAUUUGAUUUUCGCAAAGUACUGGUGUUUGGAUUAGGUACAUAAGGUAAGCUUGUCGCUUCGAUUAAUGAUUUUUGUAAGAACUUGACGUCCGAUUUCUGUAGAGCUAAAGGAUAUCUAUCUAUGGAGUUUUAGUAUUGUAAAGAUAAUUUGGGAUACAGAAAAUAUAUUUCGAAAAAUUAAUGAAGAUACCUGUUCAGUAAAAAUCUAUUUUUCUCAAACUUGUAAUGAAAUGUUGACAUGACUUACUUCAAAUUAGGUCCGGAAAUACUACAUAUCAGGUGCGAUGAGUGAUGAUGAUAUGUAAAGGAAUUUCAUACAGCCUUACACACCUAGGCCUGUAAGGCAACCUUCUUUUGUUUUUUAAUUUCAAAUAAUGGCACCUCUUGGCAUUUAACUAUAAAAAACCUAUAAGCAAAAUUCUGCCAGUAUGCAUUUUUAAAUUUUUUUGUUUUUUUUUUGUGUUUUUUUCUUUUUUGUGUUUGUUAAAUAUUAUUUCAGGGAUUCAAAGGGAACAAAAAUUUCUUUAUUUUUGCGCUACGACGCACGGUUUAGGAGAUACAGCCACAAAAAGUUUUAUUUUUUUUAGUCUUGCAGAAAUCUUUAUAGGGCUGUAUCUCCUAAACCGUGCGUCGUAGCGUAAAAAUAAUCAAAUUUUCGUUCCCCUUUCGGUAACAACAAAAAACUCAAAAAAGAAAAAAGAAAGAAAAAAAAGAAAAAAGCGUAAUGGCGUGCGUGGUAGCACCAAAAUAAUUACAUUUUUGUUCCCCUUCAAUACCCCACGCACUGAAUAACCUAUCACAUUACGACAUGAAACAAUCAUCAUCAUCAUCAUCAUCCUAUUU